ACAGAGCUGUCAGUGACUCUAUUACUUAUAGAAACUAAUAGUCUCCUUCCUGCAGUGAUGCAAUCAGAAAAGUUGAGAUUUCUCACCCACCAUCAGUGGAAGUCAGUCCUCUUACUAAGUCUACUAGGAUAUGCACAUGCUGACCCCAGCUGCACUAGUCGUCGGUGUUUGUCUGAAAUGUUGAUCAAUAAAAGUUGUGUAACUCAGCCACAGGAUGAAAACUGCACUCAAAUCAUUUACGUGCCGCUCAUUGAGUACCAAACUCUGUCAGUUGACACAAAGAAACUCCGCCUCAUGUGUCGCAUGCAAGCUUCACUUCAAUGGACAGAUCUCGAGUUGGCAUGGAACACAUCAGUUUACCAAUAUAAUGAAGUGGUCCUGCCGGUUGACAGGGUCUGGACCCCAGAGCUCCAUGUGACAAAUGGAAUAAAAACAACCAUGAAGCACAGCUCCCCUGAUCUGCUGGUGUACAGUAACGGCACAGUGAGGCACAAUGUGAUCCUAAGCUCAGAGGUGAACUGUGAAGUCAACCUGUUCAACUAUCCCUUCGCUGCUGAUAGAUGCCCUGUUGCCCUACAAACAUGGGCCAUUGAUGGAUGUGGUACACAUCUGGUAAUGAAUGAGGUUAAGUUGGUUGAUAGUUCCCAUGGAGAUUGGCAAACUGACAGAGUGAGCCUCGAGAAACAGAGAAAAGAUCGCAAUUACAUCAUGGUUGAUUUGCACAUCAAAUAUAUAAACCCCUUCAUAACAUUACUGCUGCCCAGUAUCCUGAUCAUCUUGGCUGACGUGGUCAGCUUUGCUCUGCCACUAGGAGGCGGUGAACGCAACUCUUUCAAGGUCACUCUGGUGCUCAACUUCACCAUGUUCAUCUCCAUCCUGAACAAUGUUCUCCCUGGAGACAGCCAAUGCAGCCCCAUCAUCCGAACCCACUUCUGCAUCUGUCUGAUCAUCUUGAUGCUGAGCAUGUUGGUGUCCCUUGUGCUGACACGGGUGGCCAAAGACGGUGGGAUAAUUUUCUGUUGCUGGACCCAAGGGUCGGUCGAAGAAAACACAGGAAACAAGGAAUUGAAAGAGGAUGAUGAAGCCAAAGCUGACAAAAGUGUUGUUCAGCUGAAUGCUGCAGAUGAGCACAGUCAGAUGGUCAGAAAGGUUGUCAACUUCGUGGACGAUCAUGCAGCGAAGCAACUGGAAAGUGAGAGAUGUCAGAAGUUUGCCAACAAAUUGGAUAAAACAUUUUUCUGGUUCUAUUUCAUUUCUGGCACUAUAUACUUUAGUGGCAUGACAUAUGUGAUGGUAAAUUAUGAAUGUGAAGUUAACCAUUUUGAUUUCUGGUACUAA